AGGUUCUGAGCAGUGCGCAGGGCAGCGGCAGAGGGAGUAGGAAUGAACAUGCGAAGGACCCGGGGUCACGAGACCGUUGGGUGGGCGGAGCCAGCGGCCGGGGAGGUUCUAGUCUGUUCUGCCUCGCGGCAGCCGCCCCCUUUACGCGGUCACGCUGAAGUAGCGCCCGGGCCUGGAAUCGGGCCGCCGCCCUCGCCGCGCCCGCCGCCUCCCGCCACUGCUAAACUAUGGACCCCCGCAAAGUGAGCGAGCUUCGAGCCUUCGUGAAAAUGUGUAAGCAGGACCCGAGCGUUCUGCACACCGAGGAAAUGCGCUUCCUGAGGGAGUGGGUGGAGAGCAUGGGGGGUAAAAUACCACCUGCUGCUCAUAAAACUAAAUUGGAAGAAAAUACCAAGGAAGAAAAAACAGAUAGUAAGAAGGCGGAGGAAAACAUAAAGACAGACGAACCAUCAAGUGAGGAAAGUGACCUGGGUGAGGAGACGGUAGUUAAAAUUGACAAUGAAGGUGUGAUUGAACCAGACACUGAUGCACCUCAAGAAAUGGGAGAUGAAAAUGUAGAGAUAACUGAGGAGAUGAUGGAUCAGGCAAAUGAUAAAAAAGUGGCUGCCAUUGAUGCCCUAAAUGAUGGUGAACUACAGAAAGCCAUUGACUUGUUCACAGAUGCCAUUAAGCUAAAUCCUCGUUUGGCUAUUCUGUAUGCCAAGAGAGCCAGUGUCUUCAUCAAAUUACAGAAGCCAAAUGCUGCCAUCCGAGACUGUGACAGAGCUAUUGAAAUAAAUCCUGAUUCAGCUCAGCCAUACAAGUGGCGAGGGAAAGCGCACAGACUUCUGGGCCAUUGGGAAGAAGCUGCCCAUGAUCUUGCCCUUGCCUGUAAGCUGGAUUAUGAUGAAGAUGCUAGUGCAGUGCUGAAGGAAGUUCAACCAAGGGCCCAGAAAAUUGCUGAACAUCGGAGAAAGUAUGAGCGAAAACGUGAAGAGCGUGAGAUCAAAGAAAGAAUAGAAAGGGUUAAGAAGGCUCGGGAAGAACAUGAGAGAGCCCAGAGGGAGGAAGAAGCCAGAAGACAAUCAGGAUCUCAGUAUGGCUCUUUUCCAGGCGGCUUUCCUGGGGGAAUGCCUGGUAAUUUUCCUGGAGGAAUGCCUGGAAUGGCAGGGGGAAUGCCUGGAAUGCCGGGAAUGCCUGGCCUCAAUGAAAUUCUUAGUGAUCCAGAGGUCCUUGCAGCCAUGCAGGAUCCAGAAGUUAUGGUGGCCUUCCAGGAUGUGGCCCAGAACCCGGCAAAUAUGUCAAAAUAUCAGAGCAACCCAAAGGUUAUGAAUCUCAUCAGUAAAUUGUCGGCCAAAUUUGGAGGUCAAGCAUAAUGCCCUUCUGACAUAAAGCCCUGCUGGAGGAAAAGCAACUUAAAUCACCUAAUGGAUGUUGCAAUAAUACAAACCAGUGUACCUCUGACCUUCUCAUGAAGAAAGCUGGGGUGCUUUGAAGAUAAUCCCUACCCCUUUGCCCCAAAUGCAGCUGAAAACAUUUUACAGCAGUUUGCCAUUAGGGUAUUCAUUCAGAUAAUGUUUUCCUACUAGAAAUUUAAAACUUUAAGCAAUUUUUAAACCUUAAAAAUAUUUAAAAUUAAAAAGGUGUAUUAACCCCUACAUUUUUCUUUACUAAUGAUUUUGAUUUUUUCCUUUGAAUUAAUUAGGCAAGUAAGAUACAUCAGUGUGGAAGAUUUAUUGUUACAAGUUUGAGUGAAAUAAAGAUUUGUUAGUGGGAGGCAAAUAACAGCAUUUAAAUAGAUAAAGUUUGAAUUGGACAUAUGGUUACUGAGGCAUUUUGAUUUGUCUUUUUAAUUGCUUUGUUGUUACCAUCUUAAAUGAUCUGCUUCUGGAACUCUUGGGACCACCAGUAUUGCAGUAGGACCUGGGGAGGGACUGGAAGUACUUGGCAGGGCAGCAGCUGUCUUACUACAUUUUAUAUCACAUGUCCCCUUGUGCACAUGCAGUUAAAUCUUACACUGUGGUGAAGGGAUGGUUUUUAUAAUGCUGCAGUAAAAUUGGAUUACUUAGCUCUGUUCUUGUCUGAUACCUAAAAUAAAUUGUUUCGUAUUUCCACA